AGUAUCCGAAUAUUCGAUGUGACCCUGCUGGAGUGUAGCACCUCGUAUCCACAAACACCAUAUGCUGUCAGGGUUUCAGUUCCGACUAAGCAAGCAUCCAACCCAAAACAAUCCAAGCUACAAUGCCGAGCGCUCACGCCGCCUUCGCCCCCGCCCCCGCCGUCGCUGCUUCCAGAACCUUCAGCUUCACUGCCGCGCCCUCCCCCUCGCGCACGCUUCGUCCGGCCGCCGCCUCCGGUGCUGUCCGCAACCAGCAUCGUCAGUCCACCGUCACUGCCUGCCUCCAGCCGCUAAGUGCCUCCCAUGGCGCCGCUACCAGGCUGUACGUCCACGGUCUCUCGUUCCGUACGACCGAAGAGAGCCUCCGGAAUGCGUUCGAGAAAUUUGGUGAUCUCACGGAAGUUAACCUCGUGAUGGAUAGGGCAGCGAAGCGGCCGAGAGGUUUCGCGUUCGUGUCUUACGCCGACGAGGAGCAAACCAAGACCGCCAUCGAAGGAAUGCACGGGAAGGUAAAAAAAAAUCUGUUCUGUGUAUCAUCUGCCGACGAUUUGUCCUCCUGCAGCCCAUCUACUGGCAUCUGCAAAUUCACUGUUUCCUCUUCAGUUCCUGGAUGGCCGAGUAAUCUUUGUCGAGGUUGCAAAACGAAGGCCUGGGCUGUGAGGAAUCGUGGCCCGGUGCCAAGAGAAGUGUCAUCCUGUUUCCUUCACGCUUGGAAGACAAAGCCGGCAAGUCUAAAUUACAUCAUCGUGUGCGCGCAAAUUCAAUCAAUUGCAGAUUUCUGUAGCAUGUCCGCACUGGUGAAGUGGUGAUGCAGUUGCUCCACAGUAUUAUGACUUUUAUAAGGCACUAUACUCCAAAGUAGUAUGAUUUUUAAGGCAGUGUACAUUGGACAAUGUUGUUGAUUCCAGUAAGUCCCUGACCCUGAUGAGACACUGAUUCAAAGUUCCUAAACUUCAUAUGUCAAUAGAGCAACUGAAGAAACCUGAGC